AUGGCAGACGCUGUGGCUGUGAAUGAGAUGAUGCAGGGACCGGGAUUGAACAGGAUGAUUCAAAGACAGACAAGACGGGAAGUGCCUGACCCAAAGCACCUGCCUGAUCGGGACUGGAGAAAUAUGAACCGACCGUAUCGACUCAACAGAUGCUACACAGAAUUGACGGUGACAAGAAGAUCCCUCCCAAGCGGUCAAUGGGUGGUGCUCACUGCAAGGCAGCAGCAGCAGCAUAGACAUACCUGA